UCAGCCGAGAGCGCGCGCAAGCUGCGGGGCGAGCUUCGGGGACGCGCCUGGGCGCAGGGUACGCGCUUCCGUCCUCCCGGCUCAGCCCUCAAGAUGGCCGGGAUUCCUCUCUACUUCGUGGACCUUCAAGAUGAUCUGGAUGACUUUGGCUUCGAGGAUUAUGGACCAGACUGUGAAAGCAUGAGGAUAAGUGCUUUCCUGGACAUUCCCGGGCAGGACAACCUCACGCCCCUGGCACGCCUGGAAAAAUACGCCUUUAGUGAUAAUAUAUUCAACAGACAGAUAAUCGCACGUGGGCUGCUGGAUGUACUCAGAGACUUCAGCAGUACAGAAGAUGACUUUCUCACAGUCAUGGAGAUCGUUGUUCGCCUGUCGGAAGAUUCGGAGCCUACUGUGCGCACCGAGCUAAUGGAGCAAAUCCCACAAAUCACCCUCUUCCUGCAGGAGAGCCGACCUCAGUUUCCCCGGGCAUUUUCUGAGUAUUUACUGCCCAUCCUUGUCCGCUAUCUCACAGAUUCCAAUAAUCAGGUGAGGAAGGCAAGCCAAGAAGCUCUGCUGAUCCUGCUGGAGCAAGACCUGAUUGACCAGAGCGACCUCGAGUACAGAGUGUGCCCUAUACUACUGGAACUCUCCUCUCCUGACAAUGAUGACGAAUUCAAAGUGGAAGCUGUGAAUAUUAUUUGUAAGAUGAUCUCCAUGCUCGGCAGGCAGACAGCAGAACAGAUGUUACUGCCGCGAUUCUGUGAGCUCUGCAGCGACAGCAAGCUCUUCCAAGUGCGCAAGGUUUGUGCAGCAAACUUUGGUGACGUGUGCAAUGCGGUUGGCCAGGAAUCUACAGAGAAAUAUUUGAUCCCCAAGUUUCUGGAGCUGUGCUCUGACAGUGCAUGGGGGAUGCGCAAAGUGUGCGCUGAGUGCUUCAUGGCUGUAUCGUACACAACAUCCAGUGAGAUGCGACGGACCAAGCUUUCCCCUCUUUUCAUAAACCUCAUUAGUGACCCCUGCCGAUGGGUACGACAGACCGCCUUCCAGUCUUUGGGUCCUUUCAUCUCCACCUUCGCCAACCCAUCCACCGCAGGAUUAUAUGUGAAGGAGGACGGGACACUGAGCAUCCGGCCUCCCGCAGAGGACACUCAGUACAGCUCUAGCUCUGCAAAGUGUGCGGCACCCAGCCAGACCAGCAGCAGCAAAGACCCCCAUGCAUCUCCAAUGGACAGUAUCACAGGAAUCUUCAGUCUAGAAGAUGAUGGGAACCCCGGCAGAAGACUUCUGGGAAGCAAUGUCUCCGGAGAGGGGCGCCCACCUGACGCCUUUAACUCUUUCCUGUUCUGGAGGAGCCCACUGCCUGACAUCACUGAGGAACUGGAGCUGCUUCCUGUGGAAUCUCCAUUGGAACCAGAUCCCAGUGCUGUUCCUAAACCGUGUCUGGCCAGCAGGGACAUAGAAAAAGUGCUGCAGAGUUUACAAGGACACUUGGAUGAUCCGGACGUACAAGCCCAGGUCGAGGUUCUGUCUGCAGCCCUGCGGGCGGCUGAGCUGGAUUCUUCACCUCAAGAAGAGAACAAGCAGCCACUUGAGGAGCCAACACCUUCCACCUGCACUGCAUGCCCAGAUCCAGAAGAAACUACACCUACCACCUGCACUGCAUGCCCAAAUACAGAGGAACCUACAUCUACCACCUGCGAUGCAUGCCCAAAUACAGAGGAACCUACAUCUACCACCUGCGAUGCAUGCCCAAAUACAGAGGAACCUACAUCUACCACCUGCGAUGCAUGCCCAAAUACGGAGGAACCUACUACCUGCACUGCAUGCCCAAAUACGGAGGAACCUACCACCUGCACUGUAUGCCUAGAUACAGAGGAAGAGGACCACUCGGAGCAGACGGUCCCUUCUGAAGACCCAAUUCCAGACAAUGAGGCUCCGGUUCAUAAUGACUCUGUACAGGAAGAGGAAGAGGAGGACAUGAUGAACCAGGAAGAGGAGAAGUGUAAAGUUCAGGAUGUUGUACCACAGCCACUGCUUGACCAGUACCUCUCCAUGACUGACCCCGUCCGGGCCCAGACAGUGGAUACAGAAAUCACUAAGCACUGCGCUUACAGCCUGCCAGGGGUGGCCCUGACGCUGGGGAGACAAAAUUGGCAUUUUCUUAAAGACACUUACGAGACACUGGCAGCUGAUGUGCAGUGGAAGGUGCGACGAACGCUUGCAUUUUCCAUCCAUGAACUGGCAGUCAUUCUCGGAGAUAAGCUCACCGCCGCUGAUCUGGUCCCCAUUUUCAACGGCUUCCUGAAAGACUUGGAUGAAGUGCGCAUUGGUGUCCUGAAGCAUUUGUAUGACUUUCUUAAGCUCCUUCACGCAGACAUGAGGCGAGAUUACCUCUAUCAACUACAGGAGUUCCUGACCACUGACAACGUCCGCAACUGGAGGUUCCGAUACGAAUUAGCAGAGCAGAUGAUCCUCAUCCUAGAACUAUAUAGUCCCAAAGACAUCUAUGACUAUUUGCGAGUUAUAGCACUGACGCUGUGCUCCGACAAAGUGUCUGAGGUCAGGUGGAUCUCUUUUAAACUGAUUGUGGAAAUAUUGCGAAAGUUUUAUUCUAAUGGGGAGACGGAGUUGGGAAUUAACUUCAUCAACGAGCUGAUUGUGCAGUUCCGACACUCCAACAAAUGGGUGGGAAGGCAGGCCUUCGCUUUCAUCUGUCAGGCAGUGGUGCAGGAAGAGUGUAUGCCACCCGAGCAGUUUGUUGCACACUUACUCCCCAGUCUUCUGAGCCUGGCCUCGGACCCUGUGCCCAAUGUACGAGUAUUACUGGCUAAGGCACUUAAACAGACUCUUCUGGAAAAAGCGUAUUUCACCAGCCUGGGGAACCCACACCUAGAGACCGUGGAGAAGACCGUACAAGCCAUGCAGCUGGAUAGAGACCAAGACGUCAGGUUCUUCUCCGCCACUGAGCCAAAACGACCCCUGACCAGCAGCACCUCCCUGGAGCAGUCCGUCGACUGAUUCCUGUCUGUACAGGCUUUUUUUUUCCUCAGAUGUCUCCCGCACAAUAUUUUCUGUAAAUAUAAAUGAAUCCCUCUCACAGAGCAAAUAACCCCAUCUUUCCCAUGGCAUGAGGUGCGUUUAUAUAGCUUAUUUUUUAAAGAUAAAGCAAAACUCCUCCAAAAAACAGAUGCAAGUAGGGUGGAAUGGGGCAGAUUUCAUUCUCUUUCCAGGUUUCAGGACACUGUAGGUCCUUUUGUGUGAAUGGGAUCUGUAAGAGGCCUUGUUGGACUUUAAAGUAGAACUGUGCAGGGCAAAAGCAACAGGUUCUCUUUAA